AUGGCCGCCGCGUCCAUCGAGAGUUUACUGAGUGAAGUGUCCCGUGUGGAGGACCCUGUGGAGCCGCUGCAGAGGCUAAAGACUGCCCUCUUCUCUGUCCCUCUCUCCGCUGUCAGGGACUCUGUGAGCGGGCAGCGCCUGGGGGUCAUCUUUACUCUGCUCAACUCAAACUCCCGGGAACAGAUUGAGCUAUGUGUGGAGAUCCUAGAGCGAAUAUUAACGGCUUUAAGUCCAGUUCAUGUGGCCACUAACUACAGAGCAGAGCUACAGGGCGGCCUGCAGCACAACAGUGAAGCUGUUAAAAUACUGGCCUUGACACAGAUUGGGAGAAUUGUGGAACAUCCAGAAGCUGUCACUCAAAUCCUGAACAACUAUGACCUCCUCUGUGCGGUCAUCAACUCCAUUGGGGAGGAGAAGAUUUCAGUGGCUAAACAGGCUAUUCAGUCGUUGUCUAAACUGAGUCAUUCCAAAGCUGGUUUGGAUAAACUGUUUCAAUCCGAUCUCUUGAAAACUAUAAAAGACGUGAUGGGGGUCAGUGAUGUUGUCAGAUACAGAAUAUAUGAGUUGGUUGUAGGAGUCUCAUCUUUUUCUCCCGUUUCCUUCGGAUAUUGCGUCAACAGUGGCCUCAUCUCACGACUGCUCGAUGAACUGACUGGAGAGGACGUGUUGAUUAGAGUGACUGCUGUUGAAAUGGUGACAACCUUGGCACAGAGCCUUCACGGCCGGCAGUUUUUGACACAUGAAGGAAUAAUGGACCAGAUCUCCAACAUGAUCAGGGGAGCAGAAACGGAUCCAUUCUCUUCUCUUUACCUUCCAGGUUUGGUGAAGUUCUUUGGCAACGUGGCCAUAAUGGACAGUCCGCAGCAGGUCUGUGAAACGUACCCGGCUUUUCAGAGCAAGGUGUUUGAGAUGGCCCUGGAUUCAGACCCGGCUAUGAUCGGUGUGGGUUUGGACACGCUGGGUUUGCUUGGCUCUACAGUUGAAGGCAAACAGGUCCUGCAAAAAACAGGGGAAAAAUUCAAGUCUGUGUUGGUAAGAAUAAGCCAUCAUGCGAGUAUUGGUGCGACAGAGCUCAGAGUUCGAAGCCUUGAAGCGAUAUCCCAGCUGCUCUCUCUGCAGCCAGAGCAACAGACAGACGACCUCCUGGCCCUGACUGAGUCCUGGUUCCUGCUUUUGUCAAACCACCCCAUGGACAUGAUUCAUAAGAUCAGCACGCAGCCGUUCCCCGAGCUACACUGCUGUGCCCUCCGCAUAUUCACUGCCAUUGCUUCUCAACCGUGGGGCCAGAGGUUAAUGAUGAGCACUCCAGGAUUCAUGGAGUUUGUUUUGGAUCGCUCCACAAGUCGAAGCAAGGACGCCAAAGAUGCAAAGUUUGAACUGGUGGGGGAGCUUGUAAGUUCAUCAUCAGCGACAGAAAUCCUCGGCAGCCAGAACUGUUUGCGAUUGAAGACGUAUUUGAGAGAAGGACCGUACUAUGUCACCGCUGUGGCUGCGGUUGGCACAGAAGGUGCUAACUAG